AUGCUUUAGUAAUCUGUGCCAAGAAAUCUUUUUGGAAAAAGUUGGAUUGUGCAUGUCUCAAAAAAAUGGCGAUUGUUAAAUUUCUGUUCAGGUUUUGAAAGCACAAUCUUCAGGCACAUAUUUAAAACAUUAAAUAUUUGUUGUUGUGUAACUGUGAAUAAAACCUAGGAUGGCCGAUGCGAUGGUAGAGCGGAGGCCGACCGCUAGAUUUUUCUGCCACAGGUGUAACAUUGAAUUUGAAGAUGUUUUGCAGGAUUACACAUGCCCAUACUGCGCCAGUGGAUUCAUAGAGCUCCUAGUAAACGAAUCAGAAGAUGUUGUACGGCUCCCCGGAGAUGAUUUUAGCGACGCAGACAUGAGCAACAUCGAUGACAUGAGCAAUCUGGACGACAUGAGCAACCUAGACGAUUCCGAUGAUAUGCACCAAAGCGCGCCACCAAUGCUAAACGACUUGGCGUUUCUGAUGUCCGGCGGCCGGUUGCGAGGGGCAUCGACCACCGGUCGGCGGGAGACGUUUAUGGACCAGCUCGUGUGGAUGAUCGGCGGCGGAAGGCAAGGCACCGGCGCCGUCACGGCUGGGGCGCCUUUUGUACUGGUCGGGGCGCCUGGGGACUACGUGUUUGGGGGCGAAGGUACAGUCACAUUAUGUAUUGUAGGGAUGAAGACUACGGGACUGCUGCUACUCUAUAUGGGCGGCAAGGCACCGGCGCCGUCACGGCAGGAGCGCCUUUUGUACUGGUCGGGGCGCCUGGGGACUACGUAUUUGGGGGCGAAGGAUUACACAUGCCCAUACUGCGCCAGUGGAUUCAUAGAGCUCCUAGUGAACGAAUCAGAAGAUGUUGUACGGCUCCCCGGAGAUGAUUUUAGCGAUGCAGACAUGAGCAACAUCGAUGACAUGAGCAAUCUGGACGACAUGAGCAACCUAGACGAUUCCGAUGAUAUGCACCAAAGCGCGCCACCAAUGCUAAACGACUUGGCGUUUCUGAUGUCCGGCGGCCGGUUGCGAGGGGCAUCUACCACCGGCCGGCGGGAGACGUUUAUGGACCAACUCGUGUGGAUGAUCGGCGGCGGAAGGCAAGGCACCGGCGCCGUCACGGCAGGGGCGCCAUUUGUACUGGUCGGGGCGCCCGGGGACUACGUGUUUGGAGGCGAAGGCUUAGACGCAGUAGUGACACAAUUGCUCGGCCAACUGGAGAACUCGGGCCCGCCGCCGCUGCCGCGCGAGCGUAUCGCCGCGUUGCCCAGCGAGUGCAUCACGCAGGAGCAGGCCGACGCCAGCGCCGCCUGCUCCGUCUGCUGGGAGAACUUCCAGCUCGGUGAGACAGUGUCCCGGCUAGAGUGCGACCACAUAUUCCACUCGUCGUGCAUCACGCCGUGGCUGCAGCUGCACGCCACGUGUCCCAUCUGCCGCCGCUCGCUGCUGCCGCCGCAGGCCCCGCCCCCCGCGCAGGCCCCGCCCCCCGCCCAGGCGCCGCCCACCUCCGAGGCCUCGGGACCAUCAUUCUCGCAAAUUGUAGUCCGGCGGGUGGGUCUUCGCGGGCGGGACGCGAGCUCGGGCUCGGGCUCGGGCUCGGGCUCGGCGUCGUCGGGCUCGUCGUCGUCGUCGGUGGCCGCGUGGCCGCACUCGGCCUCGUCCUCGGCGUCGGAGCGCGAGCGCUACAACAUGGACAUCGACUACGACUAGUGCGGACUUGCUAGUGCGUCGCCGGGACUGAAGACGUGACUCGAGUUCCGAAUGCGUUUCGUAUUUGUUUUAGCGGUGAAAGUGAUUUUGGACGGUGUAGCGUCGCGUCCAAACUGUGUAACGGCACGUUUUGUUAAUGGACGACAUGUGCUAAUAAGACUGUUCUGUGGGCGUGUAUAACUAAAGUUAUAAUAAUGUUACAUGAUUUGGACGCUCCUAUGAUUUGGAUCCAAUGAAAUAUACUCGAUUGAGUAACAAACGCUACAUUGUCUGAAACGUAUCACUCGAACGCCAUUCUAUGAUAAAUUUUAAUUCUUUGACAAUAUGCUACAUACUGAUGUGAAAUUAUUGAUUGCGAGGUCGUAUUGUAAUUAGUUGUAAUUAGAGUUUACUGACAGCAAGCAGAAUCUCGCGGGAUGCGAUUUUGCGCGUUGUCGUCGCACUAUGCCGUUUUGGACUCGCGUUGAUAAUAAUAUGCUAACAUAUCAAAUGAUUAUAAAGUUGGGCCAUUAAAUUAAGUGUUACUGUUCAAUUAUACUAUUCCAGGGGUAUUUUACACGCUAAACAUCUAUCCAAGGUAUUUAUGAUACUCAAUGUUUAUUUGUCGAGUGAUAUAAAGUUCUUCUUUUUAUCUCUAAAGUGCCAUUGGAAAAAUAUGUCUAUGAGUACAAAAUUAAUGCAUUGUAGUCAGUCAAACCCUGGAAACAGUAUAGUUUAGCGGUAGUUCACAGUACGAGUCGGCUAUGAACGACACGCGAGGAAAUCGUAUUACUUCGUGAGUACAUUUGAAGUUUUUUUAAAUUUGGUGCUGCGUCGAAACUUGAAAGUUAAUAUCUUAAAACAAAAUAUUUAUUUCGUUGUCCAUGCGUGGAUUUUAAAUUAAAUAUCGUCUUAAGUGAUUGGCAACCGGAUUAUAAAUUGCUGCUGUUAUACUAUUUCUCAAUUUAAGGGACCACCAUCUUGAUUGCAAUAAAUUAAAUUAAUCUUUGUGUGUGUAGUAAUAUGACAGAAAGUUUUUGCUAUGAUAAUACAAUUAUUAUUGUAAUUUCACCGACCUAAUAAUUGAUGUUUACAUGAUUUAGUAGCACUUUUAGAAUUCUUAAAAUCAAAAUUGAUACGUAAUAACCGCAUAAAUAAGCACUCGGUAAAGAAUGUUGGUAAUUCAACUCGAGGAAUACGCUGUCGUUUGUCCAAUCGCGACCUCUAGUGUAAAUGUUGUAAAUAAUAGUAAUAUAGGUCUCGCGUCGCCGUGUACAGAGCAGUGCGACGUCAUAACGAAGACGGCUGAAAGUCAAAUUAACACUUAUCGUCCUCCAUUUAUUAGGCGGUUAUCACACUGCGCCGCGGAGCGCGUGAUUUUCAUAUAAAAAAUCACGCGCGCGGACGCGUUGUCAGUGUGAAGUGCCGCGCGUAUUUUCCAUACAAACUGAGGUACUUGCAUACUAUGAUUAAAUCUGUCGCCCCGCGCUCCGCGGCGCAGUGUGAUAACCGCCUUACUAUUCCUAGAAUUACUGCCAGUUAUUACUAUUAAAACUACUAAUCAGUGUUGGCUAAGAAUAAGUUUCCUGUAACUAAAUAAAUUCUUAUUUUUUUCCGUUAAACUAUCCAUAAAAAGGUAUAUUAUAAACUUUCCUUAACUAUUAGUUAGACUAAGUAUUUUUUCCAACCUUUAAAAUCAGAUUUAUCUCUGGUAGUAAAGGUGGGAAAUAAUUUCCCAAUUACUCCAACAGCAUUAUAAUCGGUUGUAGUUCUGGGAAUAAGUGUUUAGUUUCAUGUAAUUUAUUUGAUGCCAGACGUUUGGUGUUAGUUCCGCUUUCAGCCGUUCGUGUAGCUUGGGGCAAUAAGUUCGCUUGGGGAGCGCCCUGCGACGUCUAGACUACAGCGCAAGUGCCAGACAUCGGUCCCGGCUCCCUUGUGUUAGGACAACUAAACAUAACUGAGACUAUACGGCAGUGGGAAUAUAGUUUCCACCAUAUUUUGAACUUUAUUCCCUUGUCUUAAGGUCCAAAAACAAUGGAAAUUUUGACUUGUUAUGCCCAUAGGCUUGGUUCGAAACAUUGUGCCGAUAUCACCCUAUAUAGUCGAUAUAAUAAAUACAUUAUGUAAUGAUAAAAAAAAUACUUACUAUUGUAAAUAGAUUUCUUAUUAUUUAUUAUUAUUUGACAAAUGUGCGAGUAUAAGUGUGUUUUGAUGUUAUAAACUUAGUGGGCUGGCUAGAUGUAGUAUAACCAAUACUUAUUACAAUAUGAAAUAAAAUUAUAUUUUGUAUUUUUCAUAUGACUUAAAAAUAGACUUAUUAUUGUAUCACUUGAUCGCUUAAAAUAAUUAUUAGUACUAUAAUAAAAUACCUACUGUAAAAUGUUAUUUCGAAGAUAUAAUGUUAGAUUGAAGAAUAAAAUCUGAGCUACCACACGGCGCAAACUGUUCUAGGCUGUGAUUUUGUUUUUUUUAUCUUCGUAAUAUCAAAAUUUUCUUAGCGUUACUUGUAGUUUUUAUUGUGUGCGGCUAUGGUGCUUCCAAUACAAUGAUGUUCCAAUAGGAUUAUACAUAGUGCACUUGCGAGGAAAUAGAAGUUAUAAUUUUUCAAAACAAGUUACGUGAAAAGUUUUGUGUGUAAGAGAUAAAAAACAAAAUUACAUAGUCAUCGUUACUUGUCACCUAAGAGCCGGGGCCCGCGUUUCGCAUUUAAACUAGGUAUGUAUAUGUAUUAUAACGAAUAGAAUGUACCAGUGAUUAUAAAUUAUUGUUAGUAGAUUGCGUGAAAACACCAAUGUAAUAAAUAAUUAAUAACAAACUUCAAUUUUAUAGUUAUUUUUUUACGUGUACAUGGUACACCUUUCAGGAGAUCACUAAGGUUGCAACUGUAUACUUAUAAUGGACAUGAUGCCAGUUAUAUCAGAAAUGGUCAACUGUGUUUAAUAAGUUCUUAACACAUCUAUCCUAAGUCAAGUUACACGUUCAAAGCAUACACUUAAUUUUUUAAAUUUCUUCAUUAGAUAUCUGAACUUUACAAAAAGUUAAAUGAACCCUUUUGCCUUAACGGUAGUUAUCUCAGAGCAGCAACCCAACUUGCAAUGUUUUCAUGUGACCAUUUCUGAAUUAAUUGACUUUUACACAUGCUUUUUAUAGAAGUGAUGGAUAGAUAGGGAUUAGUAGAAAGUCGCCGAUUCCAACAUCGGCAAAGCAAUAGUUUGAAUGAUGUACACAAUGCUUGUAGUCGAAUCGUAUUGAUAGGGUCCGUGGAACCACGAGCGAUCGUUAAACUAGGAUAGCUGGCAUUUAUCAGACCACAAUAUACAAUGUCAAAGGGAUACUACGCAAAAUAAUUUGAAUAAAGUAAGCUCGGAGAUAAGAGAGGUCGUAAUUCGAUUCAAAUUCAAACCUGUCAAAUUGGUUUCAAUAUUUAACAACACGGACUAGAAUGAAAUCUUGAGAUUUGGCGAUUCCUAUUGCCUGUCUCUCUCAUCCGCGAUUGAAACUAAACGAGAGAGGGAGAUGAAAUGAUACGAUGUAUCGAAAAUUCGAAAUUGUUUUUCGCAGUAUCCCCAUAAUAGUUUCUGUGUAAAUAUAUCGCUGAUUAAGGGAAAUAAUUACAUACAUUAGAAGUUCCUAAGUCGUUACGUCGACCACGUUUUAUCCAGAUUGCUCCGAUAAGCUAUUUUUUUAAUCAAAGGAAUGACGCCGUGCGGUUGGGCCAGUCAUAGGCGUAGCUUGGACGUUACGUUUGCCAAAGAAAAAAAUGUAGAUAGUGUUGCCACUUGCCAGCCAUUGUACAGCCUACCUGCGUGGUAGUAUAGUGUUUAUUUGUCUAAUCUGAAUCUAAAACACAUUUUUUUACAAUAAAAAAAUGGUUCCAUCAAAUUUUACAAUAAAUGUUUUUAAUUUCGUGAAGCGAAUUCGUGACGUGUUUUUUCUUUGGCAAGUAACAAAUUGUAAAGUUUUUCUGUCAAUCUUUCAUAACUUAGAUUAGGAGAAUUUGUUGGAUUGUAUGGCUAGUAAAUUAUUAUUGGGUAGACAUGGGGUGUGUAUGAAUGUAACUUCUUCGUGAGAAUUGAUUUGCUCAACUGUAAACAUAAAUCUAUUGGGAUUGAAUAAUUUCACUAAUGCAAUGUUUGAAAUUUUGCCACGUUUAUUUUGUAUCAUAUUUUGUUUGCUCUAGUUAGCUAUCAGUAGCUACGGCAUAAUGUUUUUUCUGUGCAACCGAGUGAAAGAUUGUGAUCUUAUUAUUUUGUUUCGUUAGCAACAUAUUAUAAAUAUGGGAUGUGUGUACAAAUGCGGGCAAACUUUUAGUUGAUAAUAUUAUUGUAAUACGCAUCAUAAAUUCUAAUUAAAAAGUGAUCAUAAAGAAAAAAAUAUUAAAAAUAUUUUUGUAAGAUCAAUCACCUAAAUUUUUGCCUGCAAUCUAAUAUACAAUCUGUAUAAACAGGAACAUUCCUGUGUUAAGCUUGUGAGAGGAAUAUACUUUUUACUCUAGAUAAAUAUGUAUAACAUUUCAUUUAUUCAUAGGGUCUUUUUCACUUCUGUUGAACUUAUUAAAAAUAUUUUAUGACAUAAUCUUUUCAUUUGAUGUUGGAUGUGUGUACCUUAUCUGUAGAGUGGGCUAGAAUGUAGUGUAGUUUUGGUAGUUAUGUGGUGACACUAGAAAGGUAUAGUAGGUACAGUUUAGUCUAACGUUUGCUGGGGGUAAGUCAAAUUACUUACUUCACUUAUUUGGUCACCUUAUUCCUGGUUUUCGACUUUCUAUUGUUAUUAUCUUUAUUUCCUCUUUUUUCCACCAUUUUGACAUAUUAUUAUUACAUUAUUGUCCUCUUUUUUGGAAUUUAUUACCCAUUUCUGAAAAAAGCUAUAUCCUAGUUUAAAAGAUAAUUAACAUGGAAUGAAAAAUGAGCGAGAGGCGUUCCUAGAAGUACGACUGUUUCUUUCUACUAAAUAAGGUCAAGUGUCUCGUCCAUUGCCAUGUCAAAUAGCUAGCUAUUUCAUUUUGACUUAUUGUAGUAGAAAGGGACGACAGUGUCGUUUUUCUGACACUGAAAUUGGAUCUACUAUAUCUCUCUUGUGUUUAACAAUACAAUUAAAACGGGUAAAAUGUAAUGGAUAGGUAUAAGUAAUGUAAUGUCUAGAUCAAAUAAAAGUGCCGUUCGAUUUGAAGAUUUUCUGUAAAUAAAAUGUAAAAGCACAAUACAUAACGGAUAGGGAUAAUAUACUUACAUACUCUUACAUUAUUAAAUUAAACCAGGACCUAAGCCUAAGCCUACGGUUUGCCAAUUCCAUAAACUAUAGAUAGGUAAAUAAAAGUUAGUGAAAAAUUAUUAUGUACAAUAUUUAUAAUCGAUAUUUAACG